GACUUCGCUGCCGCCACAACCACCCACUCCACAUCAUCUGCACCACCCAUCGGCAGCAGCCUCCAGCGACGCCCGACUUCAAACCUACACACAUUUCCAAACUCGGCACACGACACGACGCGCUCGCGAAGCCUACAUUAACACAAAGCCUCCGAGGUACUGUCCGCAUACUCCACAGCUUCCUCGGUUUUGUCGAGAUCAGGCGCCUCCCGCCCUUCGUGUCGUGCUGGACUCGUGGCCUGGCGUCAUCGCGAUUCGCCACACAAACGAGCUACCAUGGUUCGUUGCGAUGCCCGUGAAACUCCGUCGACUGGUUGUGCAUAUCUAAAGACACAUUGCAGUAUUCGCCGUUCGGUGGGGGCUUCGACCCUGGCAAUCCGGAACACAUGUACAACAUGGCCCGCCAUGGGCGUCGACCGAUCGUCCAACGCUUCGAUGAGUAUUACCGAUGCUACCCAGUCAUCAUGGCCCCAGGUACCGAGCGGCCGGAUCUCAACUACGGCUCCAAGAUCAUCCUGCCGCCGUCUGCUUUGGACAAAGUCUCCAAGCUUCAUGUCCAGUGGCCACUUCUGAUGGAACUCAUCAACGGAGCCAAGGGCAAGCACUCACAUGCGGGUGUCCUCGAGUUCAUCGCCGAGGAGGGUCGAGCAUAUAUUCCUCAAUGGAUGAUGGAGACACUUGGGAUGGAGGUUGGCGACAUGAUUCAAGUCCGAACCACGUCCCUGGAGCUAGCCAAGCUGGUCAAACUUCAGCCUCAGUCCGUCAACUUCCUUGAGAUAAGCGACCCCAGGGCCGUGCUUGAGAGGGCUUUUAGGAGUUUUGCCGCUCUCACCAAGGGGGACGUCUUCAACUUCGAGUACAAUGACGAGGUGUACGAAAUGGCCGUCCUGGAUGUCAAGCCAGAAACGGACAAGAUGGGCGUCUGCAUGAUCGAGACAGACGUCUCGGUCGACUUUGCCCCACCGGUGGGCUAUGUCGAACCCGAGAAGAAGAGCGGCACCAGCACACCGCAAAGCGGAGGGGCAGGCAUCGCUGCCGGAGGCGUCGUACACAGUCAAGGCACCAUGGCGCAGGCGAUCAACUAUAACUCCAUCGCACCGUCAGUCACCAGCGCCGCGACCAACUUCUUGGGCGAAGGACAGCGGCUUGCGAAGAAGGGCAGCAAGAAUUCGACGCCAAAGCCAGCCACGCCAGUCCCUGUCGACCCUGCAGCUGUACCGAGGCGACGGACUGGCGCCCCGGCUCCCCUCCGCCUGCCGCCGAACAAACUCUUCUUUGGCUACGAGUUCAAGCAAGUAAGAACGGAUGAGGAGAAGCAGUUGGACAAGGAGAAUUCCGAGAAGCCACAUUUCGCCGGCCAAGGGCAGAGCUUGCGCGGUACAGUAAAGCGCAAGGGAGAAUCUGACGAAAAGUCAAAGGCUCCGGAUAAGAAGGGGCCGAGCGAGGGCCACAGGCUUGAUGGGAGGCGCCCGAAAUGACGAGUUAGAGGGGAGACUGCAUGGCGUUCGGGACUCGCGUCAAUAAUGACAUGUGAGCGAGGUAUCUUUCCUUAGCAACUGGCUGGACCCUGGCGUCGUGGAACCGGGAUCGUCCAAAUACACCAUCUUGUUUGACAAGUGAUAAGCGGUCACAUGUGUUCCGUUAUAAUCGCCUCGGGAGUGAAAAUUUGACUUGGC